GUGAUCAGUUGAGGCUCUGAAGCGGGAGUUCACAAACAUAUGAUUCAUCUUUUGUGAAGGGCUAUAGUUACAAAGAGGGCCUCCUGUGCAACCAGCAGGUGAUGGCGCUGCUUCCAGUGUCCAACAUCUUUAUUCUUCCCCAGGUGGCUAACAGAAAUGCUGUCUUUCUGUGUAAUACAGGCAAGAUGUCUCAAGGACAUUGGCUUUAAAUGAUGGUAAUAGACUCAAUACAACUGCCACAGUAGGGAUGUCAGCCUCCAGCACUGCCGCAGUCUCCAUUUAAAUUUAAAAUGGAGACUUUGUGUGGCUAUAACACUUCUCUAGAGAAUACAAAAGAGCUGCUUGUGUCUUGUGACCCACUUCUGACCAAUAACUGAAAUAAAGGUAAAUAUCAAGGAGAGACCAGAACUACUUACGGGGCUACCAGAACUAAGAAAUGAGGUGAUAUUAAAGGGAAAUUCUAGGCCGUUCAUCAAGACAAGCUGUGUGGUGGAGGCCUCCUUGUUUGGAUUGUUUAAAGCUAGUUUGGAUGGAAUACUUAAUGUGGGGGGGAGGGAAGCUGUAGGGAAUAAUAAUUCUGUAUUGGCUGGGAAGAGGGGAUAGGCUAGGUAACAGAACUGCUGUGUCAUAUUUGGCAUGGAGUUGCAACUGCAAUAGUGGCUUUACUGGGUAGAGAAUCUAAAAAGAGAAAUUGCUUGCCAGCAGCUCUGUACUAUACUGCCCCCUCCCCUUGCAUGUUUGUCAGGGAUCAGUAAUGGUUUCUGAACCUGCUCUCUUAUUGUUCUGCUAAUGAAAGCCUUGUUACAACUGUUUGACUUAACAAUGUUGGCUAAAUUUCUUGUUUGGGAACAUGGUCAGUCCGGGGUACAGAGCAGGCCAUUAGAUAUUUGCCACCUCUGAUUUCCGAGGUUCAUCUUGGAAUUUCCACCGACAGCCCAGUUAAUCUCCUGUGUCUGUUUAUCUUUUUGGGAAUGAAGUCUGGUUUUUAGAAAGGCUUAGCGCUCAUUCUUUAUAUCUAGUAGUUGGUACCAAAAGUAGCUAGAGUUCUGGCCCUGCUUGGCAGAGUCCUGGGUGGAGAGAGGCUCAGUACUGGAUUCUGAAAUUCACUCUAAUUUACAAAAGCAGAUUUUUUAGGAGGGGAGAUUCUGCAUACCUGCAACUUCCUCCAUGCUGCUGUUGUCAGUGUGGUCAGUGCUGCAAUACAGGAGGCUCUGUACUGUGUUGGCUGACCUAAAAACUCAGAAUGGGCUCCUGAGAACUAAUUUUAAUGAGAAAGUAACCCUGUGCACGGACAAACCCAGUUUGCUAGAGUUACACAUCUGUGUCUUGGAGUCUCUGCUGCUUCAAGCAUGUGGCCCAUUCACACAAUGAAAUUCUUUUGGUCAGCAGUGUUUGUUGGGGCUGUGUCUGCACUCUAGGUGUCCUCCAGCACCAGGGCAUAAAGGAUGGAGGAAGCCAAAUUGUUCCUUAAUUCUUUCUUGCUGCAGGAAGAUGGAAGCCUUGCAGUGUUUGCUUCUCUGUGGCUCUGUUGUAGUUAGUGUUAGUUUAGUUGGGUUUAGAAAAGAGGGGUUGUACCCAUGUUAUCAGUACUAAUUAGGCCUUUGGUCACUGAAACUAAGGUACCACAUACAGCAGUUGAGACAUUGAAACUAUCUACUUCCCCUACCCUAGGCAGAAGGGAUGCUGGAGUGUCCCAGAGUCCACCAGAAAGGGUAGCCUCACCAUCUUCUCCAUCAGGACACAGUAGAGUCUUAUCUCCUGCUCAUCUCCCAUCCCCUCUAUUGGGUCUUUCCCUGACUUUCCAGUGUGGAGCUGAGACUGCUCUUAAAACAGGAGAUGGCAUGGAUCUCACAGGGAGCAAGUUCCUGGCAUCCUCCUCUCUGUCCAUUAGUCCAAUACCCAUAUGCUUGAGUCAUGGCCCUGGGGUAGGCAGCCACAUACCUGCAAGCCAACAUCCUUUUACCCUCUUUUAGGGUUAAAUCCUCUUAUCCUAAGAGGCAGUGUAGAUCUUCCCAACGAGGUCAGUUAGUGCAACCAUAGCUCCUAGAGAGACAGGAGAAACAAUUGAUCCUAGUAGCAAUUUUGAUGAAGCAGUCAAUCUCUCUAUGCCAGUGGUUUUCAACCUUUUUUUCAUUUGCGGACCCCCACAAAAGUUUGAAUGGAGGUGCGGACACCUUUGGAAAUCUUAGGCAUAGUCUGUGAACCCCCCCAGGGGUCAACGGACCACUGGUUGAAAACCACUGCUCUAUGCCUUGUCCAAUGGAUGACUUCAACGCAUUCCAAGACCUGAAAUGUAUAGCCAAGACCCUUAACGUGCCACUGGAAGAGAAGUCACACAAGCUGCUAGAUAUUCUGCACCCUUCUAUACCUGAUAGAUUCAUCAUGUCUAUUAACAAGGGAUGGUUAGAGCCUGCAAAGGACAAGAGUGGGCUCCAUGUGGACAAAUACUUGAAGAGAGAACAGUUACUUUCCUUACAGCAAUGGUGGCUUUCAGCAUGGGUUGUCCACAUGGAUUCCACAACCAUUUUUGCUGCUGCUAAGGAGUGCUACACUUCUUCUAUCCUGUAUUGGCAAAGGAGCUGAGGGGUGUUGGGCAAGCUUCACUCUUUAUGCCCUCAGUGUGGGAUAAGGGCAUCCAAGGCCCAGGAGUUGCCCCAGUGGUUGCUGCUGGCCAAAAGAACCUGAUCUCACAUGUAAGGGGAGCAUUUGCAUCAAGAGAAGGAGCCAUAUAGACAAAACCUGUCAAAGAACCACAGUUACUGUAAGGUAAGUAAGUGGUGUUUUUGACUGACUCUCAAACUAGAACACAAAACUCUGACCCAGUUGUUUAGGGUAGAGCAGCCUAGCAUGUGCAAUGAAAAAACAAGUUUAAAUCUUCACAAUGCAUGGUGUUGACUUGGUGGAAGAUGCCAAUUUGUUAAAUCUCAUCUAUAAUUACCAGGAUUAGAUGUAAUUUUGAGAAGAGAAUCAAAAUGUAAUACCUUUUCCCAACUUCUCGAGAGCCGUGCUAGGAGCCAGUCUUAGCUGGAGGUUCAUCUGUAUGUACAACCUAAUCCAAGGGAAGCACCAGGCUGCAAUAGCUGUGAGGCUAACCUCUUAUAUUUAGAGGUGGAGACCAAUCAGUCUGUAGUGAAUAUACACUAGUGACCUAUAAAAAUCUAGAAGUCUUACAGACUCUCGAAUCCAAACUAGUCUGUAGCAAACAGAUGGUAAAAAGUAACCUAGUGCUAGCUUUCUUUAGAACUAUAGAUACAAAUUUCAAGCAAUCAGUAGCAAAUGUACAGCAUGCAUACUUUCUCCUUGGUUUGUCAAGUUUCUCUCAACUACCUUUCACACAACAGUCUAAAAUUCCUCCUUAAUUACUCUUUUUUCAGUUUUUUUUAAACCCAAAUAUAACUUCUGACGCAAGCUGUGGGUUUGGUGCUAGAGCUGCCUACAGCUGCCUCUUUUGGCAGUAGGUGUUCCUGUGCAAAGGCUUGUAUUUUUAUCAGUGCUUGGGAAUGACAGAAAUAUUUUCUGUUUCUAUUGGUGAAUGUAGCUUUUAGCAGCAGUAAUGGUUAAAGUGGCAUCCAGUCUUCUGAAGUUAGAAUUUGCCAGUUUAGAAGAUAUUUUGCCCUUUUUUAACAACAAACAUGAAACUUCUCUUCUUUAGGACUGGGUACUGAAAUUCACUCUAAUUUACAAAAGCAGAUUUUUUAGGAGGGAGGAUUCUACAUACCUGCAACUUCCUCCAUGCUGCUGUUGUCAAUGUGGUCAGUGCUGCACCUGUGAAAACUGUGGAAAAGUGUAAGGCAGAAGAGGAAAAAUAAGUGUCCAGCUAGGUACUCAGAUCACCUAAACAGUUUGAACCAGCAAUAGGUGAAUACCUAGCAGAGCACAGCGGAGAGCCAGAACAUCCAGUGGCAACCUCAUGCAGUGCCUGACCCAGAACAUCCUGCCCCAACUCUGUAGCACUUAACAUAGCAUUGCCUGGAACCUCCUUCAAUAACUAUAUACAAUAUCUAGGAAUCCACUCCAGCACCCAGAAGACCGUAGAAAGAUUCCUGUUGAUUUCAAUGGGAGUUGGAUCAAUCCUAGGAUACCACAGCCCAAAAUUCUGAUUCUGGCUUCAGCUUGUGUCGUCUUUCUGAUUCUGUGGUUCUGGUGUGGUUUCCAGUAAGCCUUGGCAGAGAUGGGUGACAGGAAAAACAUUCAGAGGAUGCCUCGGACAAGGAAUCAGAUCUUCUACAUCAAGGUAUAAUCUCUGCUACAGUGAGCAGGAAGGAUCCUUUUCACCUGUGAAGCCUUGGUCAAUUUGCCAGGUGCAUUGUAGGAGAAGGGAGUGAGGCAGUUAUGCCUUCUUGAAUAUACUGGGUAUUGGCUAUUGGGUUUAACGGUCUGAGCCAGUGAGGCAAAUGCUACAUUUCUGUAACACAUGGUGAUUUGAGUUUGACUUUUUCUUAUUUUCAACUUGCCUUUAAUUAGAAUCCCAGCACUAACGCCUGGGCAGUAGUUUGUGACAUGCCCAGGAAAGUACCAUUCCAUGCAGGGGGGAGGACAGACUUAGGCAAGUGUCUUCUGAUGAAAAUAUCCAGCAUUGUGUACAUUUGUGUAAGCGGGUGAAGGGUGCAGGAUCCUUUAUGGAAACAGCCUCCUGGGACCUUCUGCUAACUCCUUUUUUUUUUCUUUCUUAAUACCACAGGGUUUUCUUCUUGCUUUUUCAAAUGAAGGGCAGGGUUUGUCCACCACCCCUCUGGGGCGGGCAGUUUACCUUGGGCCAGACAGUGGAGCUUCAAAGCAGUUGGACACACAGUCAGUUUCACAGGUUCAGAUGUGCAAACCUGCCUUUUAACCUGCGGAUCCAAAGUCCGGAAAAGAACUUGUCACCAACAUGAAAACAAUUAUUGCAGCCUAUUCCCAAAAUCGUAGUGGGAGCCGUGCCAAUGUUCAGGCCGCCCUGCAUACUUUGCUCACCGUGCCCUGGCCCUCGCAGCGGGAGUUCCGAACAUGGAUCCAGCUCCUCUCAGUUCUGCAGUGGAUCCUCAGCUUCUUGCUGAUGGGAAUCGUCUUCCUGUUUCUCCUCAUCUAUUUGGUUUUCACCAGUUUCUGGCCAGUUUCUGCUCUAUACCUUGCCUGGGUAAUCUUUGACUGGGACGCACCGGAGCAAGGUGGGAGGAGGUCAGCGUGGGUGCGAAACUGGCCUGUCUGGAAGCAUUUCCGAGAUUACUUCCCUAUUCAGUUGGUAAAGACUCACAGCCUCCUCCCCAGUCACAAUUAUAUAAUUGGCGCACACCCCCAUGGGAUCCUCUGCGUUGGGGCCUUCUGCAACUUCAUCACUGAGUCCACUGGCUUCUCUGAGAAGUUCCCCGGCAUCAGACCCUUCCUGGCCACGCUGGCUGGCAACUUCCGGCUACCUGUCUUCAGGGAGUACCUGAUGAGUGGGGGCCUGUGCCCUGUGACACGCCAGGCAAUAGGGUACCUGCUCUCUCAGAAUGGCAGUGGGAACGCUGUGGCCGUCGUGAUUGGAGGUGCAGCCGAGUCACUGUCUUGUCAGCCAGGAAUCACAACAUUAAUCCUCAAAAACCGCAAAGGCUUUGUUCGGAUGGCGCUGCGGCAUGGGGCACACCUGGUUCCUGCCUUCUCCUUCGGUGAGAAUGACCUCUUCCGGCAGGUGGUUUUUGAAGAGGGCAGCUGGAUGAGGGGCAUUCAGAAGAGGUUCCAGAAGCUGGUGGGCUUUGCUCCCUGUGUCUUCUACGGACGGGGUUUAACCUCUAUCCAUUCCCGAGGCUUCCUGCCCUACCCGAAGCCUAUCACCACUGUCAUAGGAGAACCUGUGACGGUGCCCAGGAUCAAGGAGCCAAGUCACGAGACGGUGGAUCUGUACCAUGCUAUGUACAUCCGCUCCCUGCUCAAACUCUUCAAUGACCACAAAGCCAAGUAUGGCCUGUCGGAGGCAGAUGAGCUGAGGAUCCUGUGACUGAGGCCAGAGAGAAGCCCGGAGACUUUGGGCAGCCAAGCCCUAACUCUCAAGGGCUGCCUGCUCUUGGAGGUGGGAACGGCAGCUUACCUGGCAGGAUGGGGACUCUCAGGGACAUACUGUUCCGCUGCACCCCAACUACUGCUUGCCGUCUGCCCCGGUGCCUUACUCACUUGUCCCCUUGCUGCUGCCCCAGCCUCUGCUUCUGUUUGUUCCCUCCAGAAGAUGAAGGAAGGAAGGAAGGCGCUCCCUGCUUGUCGUAUCCCAGCGUUUCCUGUGUGCUUUCUGCUCGCUCCCAUGGGCAAUGCAGUGAGUUGGCUUCCUCAGCUCCCAAAGCCCCCUCGGGGAAGGGGAAGGGAGGAGCACAGGAAGGACAGGUGCUGGGGCUUGGAGGGGAUGGGGAGUGUGCACGUGAGCAGAGAGACAUGGGGGAAUGUGUGUGGGGACAUUUCUCCUCUGCCCGGACCCCGCUCUCCUGGAGGGAGAUGAAUAGUAGCUUUGUGCUGCUGUUAAUGGAACAGAGGAAUGCAACCCUGCAGGCUAAACUCUGCCUAGGGCUCCAGCUCCGACUAAGGAGGAGGGAGGGUGAGAUAGAUAGAUUGGGGGAAAAGAGGGGAGGGGGGAGAAAAAUGGAGGGAAAGCCCUUGAUUGAAACGAAUGUGAAAAACAGGGUUAUCAGGGGGGCCUGCAGUGCCAUGUAGGGUGUGUUGUGAGGGGCAGGGCCCUGAGACUGAGGGUCUCUGAGGAGCUGGCUGCUGACUCAAUUCCUUGCCUAAGGAAAGCUAGCCAGCUAUAACUCCUUGUGGCCUUGUGUCUGUCCCUAGUGCCCAUGUAGAAUGGAGCCUCCUGGGAGGGUUUGUCCUUCCACCUCCAUUUUGCUGGCUAAGCAUGUAGCUUGAAAGCAGGCAUGUCAGGCUGUUUAUCCCAGGGGGACGUGUCAUCCCUGCACCAGGCUGGAGAGUUCUCCCUGUGGUGGUUAGCAUGGGCAGCUUUGCCUCAGCCUUAGAAUCAGGGCAGGGACCGGGCUACCCUUCCCACAGUGAGGAGGGAUGGACAGUCAGGGGGUUCAUGGGAAGCUUGGUGAGACUCUGGCCAGGACGUAGCCAGCAUGCGCAAGAUUUUCCCUUUGAAUCUCCCCUUCUCAACACAUCUUGUUCCCUGCCUCAGCUGUGGCCAUCCCUUUGUUUUCCCCAUGGCCCCCGUAUGUGCCGCCCACCACUUUCUUAGAUUGUGGGUCCCAGCCCCACAAUUCCUUGUCCCUGUCUGUGUGAGUUGGCAACC